GCGGUCGUAUCUUUGAAACUGGUGAAGUGCGCCCGCACGUCCUACGAUUCAGCGAUCUUCUCCAAGAAUACAAAAGUUUACUCGCAAAGUACGACGGGCAUGAAACGUCAUCAACUCGCAUCGGGAUACCGAACACAACGAACCAAUCAGAAACUGUUAUAUCUUAAAAAACUAUUUCUAUUGGUUAAAAUACCCACGAGGGGUGAAAGCGAGCUCUGUGACAAACUUCCAACCUGUGUGCUGUGUGUUGUUGUUUAGAGGCUUUUGUAAACGGAAAUAAUAGCGAGUCUAUCAAAUAUGGCGUCUUCUUCUUCUCCGUUGGGAAAAACCGCCGCUGUUGGAAUUUUGCAGAGUUCACUGAGCCCAAAGUAUUUACACACGAACUCAACAAGUCACACUUGGCCGUUCAGCGCCAUUGCAGAGUUGAUAGAUAAUGCAUACGACCCUGACGUCAAAGCAAGUCAGCUAUGGAUCGAUGAAAUACGUAUUCAUCAUGCCAUUUGCUUGACAUUUACAGACAACGGCAACGGUAUGCAGCCGGAUAAACUGCACAAAAUGCUAAGCUUUGGCUUCUGUGAAAAGGUUGCUGAUGGUACCCACAUGCCAGUUGGCCAUUAUGGUAAUGGCUUCAAGUCUGGUUCCAUGCGACUUGGGAAAGAUGCUUUGGUGUUGACGAAACAAGCAAAUUCACGAAGCAUUGGUUAUCUGUCUCAGACAUACCUGGAAACCAUUAAGGCUGAAACUGUGGUUGUCCCACUGGCAACAUGGGACAAGAAAGAUAAUGAAUAUCUUCUGCGCCCGAAUGGGUUUAAUGCAUUGAAAGAUAUUUUCUGCUACUCCCUGGUGAAAUCUGAGAAGGAGUUGAACAAUGAAUUUGAUGAAAUAUCUGGUGAACAUGGCACCAGAAUUAUUAUCAGCAAUAUCCGCAAAACCAGCGACAACAAGCCUGAAUUUGACUUUGAUACUGAUGAACAUGAUAUUCGAAUACCAGACGACACAAGUUCAGAGGGCGAGAAGUAUCGUAAGACAAAACGACAGAAUCAUGUUCCAGAGUGUGAUUACUCUCUUAGGGCAUAUUGUGCUAUUUUGUACCUAAAACCAAGAAUGCAAAUCAUUCUACGAGAUAAGAAAGUUAAAACAUUGGUUGUUGAAAAGAGUUUGAGUAAAACCGAGGUUGAUCGAUAUAAACCAACACAUCAUGCAACCACUGAUCCAGUGAAGGUUGUGUUUGGCUUCAACAGCCGUAACAAAAACCAUUACGGUAUCAUGAUGUACCAUCGAAAUAGAUUGAUUAAACCCUAUGAACGUGUAGGAUUCCAGUUGAAGGCCAACAAUCUUGGUGUAGGUGUGGUUGGUGUUGUCCAAUGUGACUUUCUCCAGCCAACACAUAAUAAACAAGACUUUGACUAUACAAAGGCUUACAGAGCCUGUAUCUAUUCUCUUGGUGUCAAAUUGAAUGAAUAUUGGAACGAGAAGAAAGGGCCUGUGAAGUCAUCAACUAACAGUGUCAUUGAUCAGACAAUUCCUGAACCACAGGAAGUACAAUCGAUACCUGACCAAACCUGGGCACAGUGUGAUGAACCAUCGUGUCUGAAAUGGCGUAAACUACCUGAUGGUAUUCACCCAGACUCUUUGCCUGACAAAUGGUUUUGCCACAUGAACCCUGACCCCAACUUCAAGUCAUGUGACGUUCCCGAGGAGAAAGACGAUGAUCAGAGCAACAUAACACCUUACGCCAAAGUCCAGAAAAAACGACUUGUAAAAGAAAUGGAAGAGAAGCAAAGAAGAGAAAAGGCUGCAAAAAUAGCUGAGCAACGAGAACAAGAACAAAAGACAAAGAUCUUGGAGGAACGUGAAAAGAGUCUCAAGAGAAAAGAAGAACUGAUAAAGCAGCAAUUGACCAAACUUCAAGCGAAUAUUCAAAUCGUCAAAACUGAAAGUUUACCAACGGCACAAGUUGCGCCUAGACCUACGACGAAAAUUUCAAAUGCAGUUACUCCAACCGCAAAACCGUCACCAAGACAAAUAGGCAGUCAGUUAGCGGCUCGCAUCAGCCAAUCACAGGCCCGUACGCCGCAAACUAGCCAAUCAACACGAAGCCCGGCAAAGCUGACGUCACCCCCUGUUACGCCACUGGGGCGUCCCAGCUGCCAAUCCAACCAGACGCCUAGACCUUUGGUAGGUGGUCAAUUGGCAACAAAACAUGUAUUGACGAACCAAUCAACGAGGGCUAUUGCUUCAAGUAGCCAAUCACCGUCGAGCACAGCCAACAACCAAUCACUGACUAAUAAAGCGAAGCCAUUGAAACAAAAUAUUACUUUGCUGGCACGAAAACCUGCGAAUAUGCAAGCACUAACGAACCUGGCCUCCAAGGGCUUGACUCCAAAGGCGGGUGUCACGUUCAAAAUGGUAAAAGCCCCGAACGGCACUACGUACCUAGUACAGGAGAAGAAACCCCCAGGAACGACAACCUCUACCGGCACAAAACCCACCCCAACUGUAGUAAGGCAAAGUGGAACAACUUUGGCUGCGAUUUCGGCUUUGAACACAAAGUCACCUACUGGGACAACGACAAGCCAAGUGAAGCCUAUCGCGCCAACUAAACAUGCAGUAAUAUCCUCUCCAAACUCUAAUGUUGAUAUCAAACCACGGCUUAACGUUCUUCCCAAGCCACAGCAGGUCCCGAUAACAAAAGAAGCUGUUGGAACACCGAAACCAGUUUCUCUCGCGCGAAAUGCAACAAAAAGUGUGGCAAAAAGCCCUGUGACUGCUGACGUGAAACCGUCCUUCUCUUUGGCAGCGACGGCAUAUUCAGAAAUCACUGGCAACACCAGUACCACGCCACAGGAAGUGAGAAACAUUCUAGGAAAUGGUAUCAAACGAGAAGCUCCAGAGAAUGCGGUCAGUCCCAUUCCCUCUAAAGUUCCCCGGAGAAAGUCCGAAGCCGCGGACGUCAUAGUUAUCGAUUCUCUUCCUUCGACGGAAACACAGCGGCGGGAAAAAUCGCCUUCGGAGAGCGCCGCCGAAAAACGAGCCAAAGAACUCGCAGAUCGAGUUAAAAGCCUCGAAACUGUGCUGUCGAAGCUCAAGAGCGAUGGAAAAGAUCAAAUGGAAAAGCUGGCGAUGCAGUUGAGCGAAAAAUCUGCUCAACUGGCGAAGAAAGACAGUGAAAUGAAGGAUAAGACGGACGAGAUACAGACAAAAACGCGAGAGUUGAAUGAGAAAUCGAAACAGUUGAAACUACUACGCGGUAAUGUUUGCAAGCUAUUGCAAGUGCUUGUCCCAGAGAUUGAUGUUUUAUCUGACACGGAUGAGGCAAAAGUCGACGAUUUAUUGAAACAGGUUUUAGAUGCAAAUAAGUAGUGGAUUCGGGAUAUUCAGGGUUUUUUUGGGUUGCAGCAGUUCUAUUGCGUGAACUGGGGGAUAUUCAGAUUUCUGUUGGAAAACACCGAUCCCCAUUAUGUUGGAUGAAUUCAUGUUGUUUAUAAUGUUAAAAGCACUGUUACACUAUGCAACUUUCCUUGCAACUUGCAAUGCAGGUAUCAUUUUGAGAGAUGCUAAUUUGUAAAGAGUGCAUGUUCGAAAUGCUAGGAAAACGUUAGCGGAUCGUAAGAGAUGUUCGUGUUUGGCAACUUCAGAUGCUUCAAGAGUAGAAUUGCAUCGCAAGUUGCAAGGAAAGUUGCAUAGUGUAACACUGCCCGACGACUCGUUUUCCCAGUUAAAACGUAGGCAGCGAUCUUACUAAAGCAAGUAAGUGUUUCAGGAAAUUGAUGGUGUAAAUCCUCGCAUUUGAUCGAAGCACAUCAAAUACCAAACAUACGCACUGCAAAAAUACCAAAACGUUUAUAUUUAAAAUCAUCGUUCAAAAAAUUGUUGUCUUUUUUGGUCUGUGCAUGCAAUAUGAACCGAAUAAUUUGUGUACAUUAUUUAUUAUAAUAUAUUGUGGCGUAUAUAUUUAAUAUGUAUA